AUGGCCACUCAGAAUUAUAUUAUACUUUUCAUUUAUUAUGUUGCGGCUGGUCAGAAUAAUCUUUAUGAGUGGGUGCGAGAUCAUAGGGUGCAUCAUAAAUACACGGACACAGACGCGGAUCCACAUAAUAGCAACAGAGGAUUUUUUUUCUCCCAUGUCGGUUGGUUGAUGAUGAAAAAACAUCCAGAUGUCAUUCAAAAGGGUCGUCAAAUCGAUAUGAGCGAUAUAUUAGCCGAUCCUAUCACCGCGUUUGGUUGCAAGUACAUAAAUCCGACAGAAAACAAAUUCGUCGCCUUUGUAGCGCUCGGUGAAGGCUGGCAUAAUUAUCAUCACGUGUUUCCGUGGGAUUACAAGGCGGCCAAAUUAGGAAAUUACACGCUCAACCUAACCACGAUGUUCAUCGAUGCCUUCUCAAAAAUCGGCUGGGCGUAUGAUCUCAAACAACCUUCCGAAGAACUCGUAAGAACCUUCGUAAUGAAGAAAGGUGAUAGGAGUCAUUCUCUGCAAAGUGUAUCGCACCCAAAUAGCAAAAUGGAUUAA